AUGCCGUCCUUCGACUUGAGCCUCUACCUAGUCACCGACCAAGACCUCCUCGCCGGCCGCGACCUCAUCGAAGUCGUCCAGCAAGCCAUCGCCGGCGGCGUUACCCUCGUCCAACUGCGCGAAAAGAAACUCGACACAAAAGCCUUCGUCGCCGUCGCCCGUCGACUCCUCCAAAUCUGCCGCGCUGCAAAUGUCCCACUCCUCAUCAACGACCGGCUGGAUGUCGCCCUGGCUGUGGAAGCGGAUGGGAUUCAUAUUGGACAGGGUGAUAUGCCUUUAUCGAUAGCGAGGCGCAUUCUUGGGCCGGGGAAAAUCAUUGGGGCGACGGUGGAGACACCGCAACAGGCAUUGAUUGCGGUCAGUGAAGGGGCGGAUUAUAUCGGCACGGCUGCGAUUUUCCCCACAAACACCAAAAAGCACCCAACGGGGUUUGCGCCGCUGGGAUUCGAGGGGGUGAAGGAGAUUCUGAGGACUGUGAGGCCAUUCCAUAUCCCGGUGUGUACGAUUGGGGGCAUCAACAAGGGGAACGUGGAGGAGAUUCUGAAGAGUACGGUUGUGCCGGCGGACGAUAAGGGACCGCAGACGACGUUGCAAGGGGUUGCGGUCGUAUCUGCGAUCAUUUCGCAGACAGAUCCCAAAGGGGCAGCUGCCGAAUUGGCUGCCAAAGUCCGCUCAGCGAUAUCCGCAUCAACAACAUUGUCCGUGGGAACAUCUUUGAUCAGGGAUCCCGCCGCCACAUCGCUAGUAGACGAUGUCAUAUCCGCCUUCCGCCUCAUCAAAUCCAACAAACCCCUUAUCCACAAUAUUACCAACUACGUCGUCAUGAACGACACGGCCAACACCAUCCUCCAACUCGGCGGUCUGCCGGUCAUGGCCCAUGCCACCAACGAAGUCGCCGAUAUCACCGCCGUUUCCCAGGCUUUGGUCAUCAAUAUCGGCACCCUGUCCCCGCAAUGGAUCGAAGCAAUGCACAUCGCAGGUUCCAAAGCCAAUGAGCUGAACGUCCCCGUCAUCCUCGACCCUGUGGGCGCAGGGGCGACGCCUUUCCGUAAACAAACGUGUUUGGACCUGAUAGAGAAGGUGAAGAUGACAGUUGUGAAAGGUAACGCGGGAGAAAUCGGCGCAAUUGCGGGGCUGGAGGGCAUCGAGAUGCGUGGUGUGGAAAGCGUUGGGUUUGUUAGCGAGCCGGAGAAGCUCGUUUCGCAACUGGCGUCGCGGCUACAGGGCACAUGUGUGGCCAUGUCUGGGCCUGUGGACAACAUCUCGGACGGUACCAAGGUCGUGAAGGUGUUCAACGGGAACGAGUGGUUGGGCACACUGACCGGAACAGGUUGCUCGACAUCGACUCUCGUGGCGUGCUUUGCUGGCGUGAAAGCUACCCCAUUGGUCUCGGCUGUUGGCGGUUUGGUGUGCAUGGGCUUAGCUGCACAGAAUGCGGUGAAGAGUGGAAAGGUUGAUGGACCGGGCAGCUUCAAGGUCUCUUUGCAUGAUGCAUUGUCCAAACUAGACGAAGAUGCGAUUCGCGCAGGGGCUUUGGUGCAAGUGCUGUAA